UUACUGACCCCGUAUGAGCCCGGUUCAUGCCAGGUGUCACCCACCCAUUGGAAACGCGAUCGCGAGUUCACGAGGAGGAAAGCGGAGAGAAAGCAUUUCUCUCAUUUCUCAAAAAAAGCUAGGGUUUCUCUCCGAAAGGCGAUUUUGGUGCGACGAUGACCGUUCUUCACUUUCCUCUAUCUACUCGACGACGGAGUGUCUCCUCUACGAGCCCAGGUGAGUAUGGAGUUGAUUCACGGUUUAAUCAAGCGUUUAUCGUGUCGAAACCGAUGUGGGGGACUCGAAAUAGAUUUUGUGGUUUCGAGUUUGGGUUCGAAAUCGGAAAAGGGGUUUUCGCUAUAUGGUUUUAAAACCUCAUGCGGGGUUCGAUUUAUCGAAAUUUAGGGUUUGUUUAUCUGGGAUUUGAAAUCGAUUUGGGGGUUUCGAGUUAUGGUUUUAAAUCUGCAUGUGGGUUCGAUUUAUGGGUCGUUUCAUCUUAGUUUUUCGUGAUUAUUUCGUAAUCUGUUUUAUCUUUGUUGUUUAGAUGGAUCCCGUGGAAGAUAGAAGAAAUACAAAGCGGCAGGAGGAGUUCUACAACAGUAUGGGACACGUGGCCGAUUCAGAAUAUGGGAUUCCCAGGAGGUGUCCCUGUGGUGGGAGAAUCCGAGACGAGGUUCGCGUGAAGGAGAAGUACGACACUCUGCCUGGGAAACGCUUCUUCACGUGCAUCAACUACGAGGCUGAUGGGUUUCAUUACCGUCAGCCUUGGGUUAUAGGUGUGCAGGAGGAGGUCGAAAGUCUGCGUAGGCGGGUGGAGAAGGCUGAGCAGGUGAUCAAGUUGGUGCCCAAUCUCAAUAAACAUAUCGACACAGUUGAGGCAGAGGUUAACCGCCUCAGUUUGGCGGUUGAUAACCUCACUGCUGAGAUUUAUUCUCUCACUGUGCAGGUCGCAAAUCUGGAAAAGGUCUGCUUCGAAUAAAAACCUUAAGGUAAACACUCAAGCUUAACUAAGCUUAACUGAACUGAAGUAUUUAGCUUGCUCUGAUGAAUGCUGAACUAGAGGUGAACUGAACUAGCUAGAGUAGGUAACUGAACUAGAAAUGAAUUGAACUAGGUAGACUAGGAACUGAAAAACAUUAAUUAUCAGUUGGUUGGUUGCUCUGAUGAAUGCUGUUUUGAAUGCUCUUUGUCCACUUCUUGUACUAGUUUUUUAAAACAGAUUUGAUGUGUAAUGAAUGCCGUUAGAGAACAACUUGUUGUGUAAUUAACUUUAAUGAAUUUUGGUGGUUAGACUUACUUUAAUUGCUCUCUCUUAUCAAAGCACAAUGGUAGUUUAAAAACAUAGUUAGAAGUAAAAAAUCUGAAAACCAAAACCACGUUUAAAACAUCACCCCAAACCAAAAUGGAACCGUUUUCUCUAGAUUCUCCCGGGUUUAUGAACCUUUUAUCUUCCCAGACCAGUCAACCCAUAGACGUAGGGUCCAUAGGCGUAGGGUCUUCUACUGUUCCAAAACCGGUGGAGAGGAAAAAGUGGACAACACAAGAAGACAUUGUUCUGAUCAGUGCUUGGUUGAACACCAGCAAGGAUCCGAUAGUUAGUAACCAGCAGAAGUUAGGGUCGUUUUGGAAUAGAAUAGCAGAGUACUUCAAUUCAAGCCCUCAGCUGAGUGGCUACGCUCCUAGAGAGUGGAGUCAGUGUAAGCAGAGGUGGGGUAGAGUUAAUGAGCAGGUAUGUAAGUUUGUGGGUAGUUAUGAGGCGGCAUUGAAGGAACAAGCUAGUGGUCAAAAUGAGAACGAUGUCAUGAAGUCUGCCCAUGACAUCUUCUUUAACGACUACCAGCUCAAGUUCACUCUCGAGCAUGCGUGGAGGGAACUGAGGUUUGAUCAAAAAUGGAGAUCAAACUCUGUUUCCAGAGAUGGUCCAAAAGAGAAAAGGAAGGAAGCUGCGGUUACAGAGCCUGAGUUGGAAGAGGUUAGGCCUCCUGGUAUUAAGGCUUCCAAAGCUGCGAAACGAAAGAAGCACGGGAAUGAAGCAGCUCUUGAUCAGAUAGAGAGCAUACUAGCAAAGAAAACUAUCAUAUCAAACCGGAAAAUCCUUGAUCGUCUCUUAGGAAAAAAUGCAGAUACACUUUCUGAUCAAGAAAGGACACUCAAGAAUAAACUGAUUUCCGAAAUGCUUUGAGUUGGUCAGUGGGUAAUUUUUUGUCUGUUUUGUGUUGUCUAUUUCUUUUUGUUUUUUGAGUGUUGUCUAGACUAGAGUGUGAUUUGUGAUUUGUGAUAUGUGAUUUCUUGAGUGUUGUCUAGACUUUUUGUUUAACUUUAUUGAUUCGACUCUGUUUUAUGUUGUAGGUCACGGGUUGCAGGAGGUGGAUGGUUGUACUUGUGUUCCAGUCACGGGUUCACGAUUUCUCUGUUUCUUUUAUGUACCUGUCUUUUAGCUUUAUGUACCUCUCUUUUAGCUCUAUGUAUGUCGGUUUUAAUCACGGGAAAGUGUAGAAUGUUGGAUUUUUCUACACUUCUAUCUUAUGUAAUCACGGGUGUAUGUACCCCUGAUAACUUCAUUCACGGGUGUAAACAUUGUCUCCCUAUAUAUAUUAUGUUUGUCACUUCUCUUUGGCGAUCAUUUAUAAAAUCUCCAAUGCAACUUCUCUUUCUUUCUCACUUGUCUUUGUGAAACACACUGCUUUCCUCAUCCUCCUCUACACCAAGUCUCCAAAGUAUUUGUGUAUCGACCCACUGCUUUCCUCAUCCUCCUUUACACCAAGUCUCUCUCCUUGUAUUUAGGUAAUCACAUAUCUUGAACCGUAGCUUUUUAAACGAACCGUUGUUUUUUUAAAAAAAAAGAACCGUUGCUUUUUAAAGGAACCGUUGCUUUUCUUACAAGUAUCAUGUAUAUUCUAAUGUAC